AUGCAGGACCGGGUGUUUACGGUGUCGAAAGCGACGGCGGAAAUGUUAGCUUCUUGCAGAAGAAUACUUUCACGGUCACUGCAAUUUGUCCAGGAAGAUCCACUGGGCUGUACCACGGAUGCUUCCGUGGAGGAUUCGCCGUCCCCCGUUGCCAGCAUCCCAGAGGCACAUCAUCAGAGUGCUCCUAUAGAUAGUGCAGUAGUCAUCGCCGGUGAUAGGAAAGAUAGUGUUGGGAAGGAUAACCGAAUUGACUUGGAUGAGCAUUAUGGUGAUGGGGGUAGUAUUCAUCAUGAUACCUUGGACUUAUCACACUGGGGGGGAGGCUUGAAAAUAUCCCCGGAUGGGACCCCUCACCAGGACAAAGAUGAUGCUGUGCAAGGCCUGCUGGCUCUAGGAUCAACAGCUGGUUCUAACGAUGUUAGAUCGGAGUCGACCAACCUGUCGCUUCCCAGUCCCAAUAUCGCAUUAUCGUCGCUGAUGAAUUCCCGUCCCUCGGAGGUAAAGGAAAUUGCACUGCAAGCAGUAACUACCAGACUUUUGGACGAUCCCGGACAUACGAGGAUAAAUGAACUGUCAACCUCCAUAAUGACGAGUACUGGCGUUGAAUCGGAAGCUCGCAAGCUGGAACUUCUCCGCCAUUACCGCUACCAUGUUGCUACUUGGCUUGACAUUUGUGAUUUGCGACACCCAUUUGGAAUUAAUGUAAUUCAAAUGGCAACGAGCUCCGAAAAGCUUCUCUCUGCGAUAUUAUCACUUUCAGAAUCGUGCAUCAUUCAACGAGGUCACUGGAACAGAGCAGGUCUUGAGCAGCUGACCCUUCGAAAGAGUAACCAAUUGGACCAACUAGACCACAAUCAUCCUGACUUCACGGAGCUUAUAAUGCUAUCCCUUCUCGAAGAAAUUCGAACUCUAGUCACUGAUGUUCCAAAAGCGUGGAUUGACUGGGUGAAUAGGGAUGUGCCUUAUGUAAAUCACUUGGUUCAGCAUGCCUAUAUCAAGGACAUUGAAUCGACUGCUUACUGGAUGUUUUUACGUAUAGCAACAGGAGAUCUUGCAAGGCUUUAA